UGAACGCGCGAUUGCUGUUACGUAACGGUACGUAUGCAGACAACUACCUGCCCACUUUCUGAGACAUAAACAUAUCAAUAUUACGAAUAAAGUAAUGAUACCUAAUUUAUUCGUAUCCUAAUCCAGCUUCAUUAUGGAUAAGAAUCGAUGUCUCGUCAUGUGGCCCCAACAACAUUGCCUCUUUAAAGGUUUCCUCAGGAAAACAGUGACCUCGUGCACCCACCAGAAUACAUUUCUAUAACAGCCAUAUCUAAAACAUCCCAUAAUAAACCUAACAAGCCCAUUUGCGUAAAUCCGCUGCCAUUUGGUUGAUACUUGAGCUGAAGGGGGACGGGACGUUGGCAUCGACGGGGUUGUCUGUAUCCACUCGUUCUUUCCCAUUUUUCCUCCGUACACGGAAAGCUCCCUGCCCCCUGAUCCCUCAGGCGCCCGGAUGCACACCACACCAACAGCAGUAGCAGUAGUCAGUCAGUUGGUCGGUCAGUCAGUCAGUCAGGACAAACAUGGUCGCCAGAGCUGGAGGAAGCGUUUAGGAAUCUCCGCGCCGAAAUUCGCCUCAUUAAAGCGAGAGCUCUUACACUGAUCCCCGAAGCACGUUAAAGCCUCUCCAGAGGACUGAUUUCUCUUCUCGCUGAAGGCAUCUUUGUGGACAGGACACUUAGAGGGCCAAACAAUGGAAUGCUCUCUCCUGCCUACACUGCUCAGCACUCUACAGACUGAGGUUAAACGGUUUAGUUAGCAGUGUGCCUCUCCCCCAAGAACUCUUUUAGCCUGGGGAAAGUUGGGAGAAAAAACGGGCUAAGGAGAAUUUCCUUCAUAGUACAGCACCUUACCAGUUCUUUGUAGUUGCUUGCUUGGGAUUCAUUUGGAAGCUUUGCGUGAACAAAAGCCAAGAUGGAUUUGGAACCGUACCUGUGGAUGGUUGUGCUUGGCUUCAUUAUAGCCUUCAUCCUGGCAUUUUCAGUGGGGGCCAAUGAUGUGGCAAACUCGUUUGGCACGGCGGUCGGGUCAGGGGUGGUGACACUACGUCAGGCCUGCAUCCUGGCUUCCAUAUUUGAGACCCUUGGCUCCAUGCUCCUCGGUGCCAAGGUUGGGGAAACCAUUCGGAAGGGAAUUAUAGAUGUCAGUUUAUACAAUGACACAGUGCCGAUACUGAUGGCGGGAGAGGUCAGUGCCAUGGUCGGGUCUGCGGUUUGGCAGCUCAUUGCCUCUUUUCUGAAGUUGCCCAUUUCUGGAACUCAUUGCAUUGUGGGAUCUACUAUUGGCUUCUCCAUGGUUGCUAUUGGCACUAAAGGAGUGCAGUGGAUGCAGUUAGUCAAAAUUGUUGCCUCAUGGUUCAUCUCCCCUCUGCUGUCUGGUCUCAUGUCUGGUCUGCUUUUCUUCAUCAUCAGAUAUUUCAUUCUUAACAAGGAUGACCCUGUUCCCAAUGGUCUCCGUGCUUUGCCCCUCUUCUAUGCAUCAACCAUCGGAAUCAACACAUUCUCCAUCAUGUACACUGGAGCUCCCUUACUGGGCUUGGAGAUGCUCCCCGUCUGGGCUAUUGCCCUCAUUACCUUGGCUGGUGCUCUGGUAUGUGCCGGUGUGGUCUGGAUUUUGGUUUGCCCCUGGAUGAGAAGGAAAAUAGCAAGUCGGCUGAAGAAAGAGCAUGCUCUUUCCCGCAUCUCUGAUGAGAGUUUGGAUAAAAUCCCUGAGGAGGAAGAGGAAGCCCCCGUGUUUAAAGAGCUUCCAGGUGCAAAAAGCAGCAACGAUGCUGUGCUGCCCCUGACAGAGGAGUCCACAGGAGAGCUGAACAGCCUGGCUAAUGGAGGCACCGUCCUGCCCAACGGCAGAGUGUAUGGUCGCACUAACUCCAUGACCAACGGCUGCCUCAAGUCACCCGUGUCCAAUGGGGGCUUCAGCUUUGACGGACACAUGCGCAGCGAUGGCCAGGUCUAUCACACCGUUCACAAGGAUUCUGGUCUCUACAAGGACCUCCUACACAAGAUCCACCUGGGCCGCCUGGAAGACGAGCGCAGCAGCUCGCGUCCCGACAACAGCUACCGUCACCUCCGCCGCAACAACAGCUAUACAUGUUACACAGCAGCCAUCUGUGGCAUGCCGGUGCAGCCCCUGAUGCGGUCGGAGUCCAGCGCCCCUCCUCCAGAGGACAGCGAGAAGCUAGUGGGCGACACUGUCUUCUAUUCGAAGAAGCGAUUGCGCUAUGACAGCUAUUCCAGCUACUGUAACGCGGUUGCGGAGGCUGAGAUUGAAGCGGAUGAAGGUGACGUGGAUGUGAAGUUGGCAGCAGAUCAAAGGGAGCCCCGGGCCCCUGCUGAAGCGGUGCUGGAGGACUGCGUUGAUGAGGACAAGGAGGAGAAGGACAAGCCGCAAGUCUUCCUGCUCUUCCACUUCCUGCAAAUCCUCACCGCCUGUUUCGGAUCGUUUGCACAUGGUGGGAAUGAUGUCAGUAAUGCAAUUGGUCCUUUGGUGGCCCUGUGGAUGAUUUACGACCAGGGUGGGGUGAUGCAGGAUGCAGCCACACCGGUCUGGCUGCUAUUAUAUGGCGGCAUCGGAAUCUGUGCUGGACUGUGGGUUUGGGGUCGACGUGUCAUUCAAACAAUGGGCAAAGACCUCACACCCAUCACCCCCUCCAGUGGAUUUUGCAUUGAAGUAAUGAGCGCUCUAACAGUGCUCGUUGCCUCAAAUGUGGGCGUUCCUAUAAGCUCCACCCACUGCAAGGUGGGCUCAGUGGUGGCGGUGGGCUGGAUCCGCUCCAAGAAGGCUGUGGACUGGCAUCUCUUCCGGAACAUCUUCCUGGCCUGGUUUGUGACCGUCCCUAUAGCAGGCCUCUUCAGCGCUGCUGUCAUGGCCCUGUUUGUCUACGGCAUACUGCCUUACGUUUGAGAUGGAAAAUGAGGAAGAGAGGGAGGUAUAGGAAGGUAAUGACGAAAAAAAUAAAACCGAGACACAGACAGAAAAAAAAAUAAUCAAGAUAUAAGGGGACAGCCAGAGGGUGGGGAGAGUCUUCAAAUGCUGCCUGGAAAAGCAUCCAGAAUCCUUUGACUUAAAUAUCCUUAAUCUUGUCAAGAGUAUUUAUUUCAGUUUCAUUUUUCUAUUGUUUUGUUGACAUGUUACCAUAAACCGUAAAAUCUUUGACUCGUGAUUUCAAAUGGUACAUUUUCAAAGUUCCAAAAAAUAGCUCUCAUACAUUUGUGGUCCUACAUGUUCAAGGGAGUAAACGGAUGGAGAACAAUUGCCAAUAUCGCAAACAAUAUCAGUACAUGAAGAAUGGGACUAGAAAAUUGGUUUUAUGGCACAAUUCACAGUACAUUGGCACACAAUAUAGCUACUAACUACUCUUGGGCCUCUAAAUGUAAUGUUUUCAAAUGUAUCAUGUGUGGUGUGCUGUAAUCGCACCUUUAUUCCCAUUCGCUGAAACCUCAAACUUCUACAUAAACGACACUGAGAAGCAUCCUGCUGUUUAAAGCCUACAUUAGCUGCAUUGCUAAAAUCAUACCUCAGUCAACCCUCUAUGCCACAUAAAAGACAAGUGACAAAACUGUGCUCCCUCAUAAUACAUGAAAUAUUAUAAGAUGCAUCAUUUUUGUAGUGGUUAAUGUGUAAGAAUUCCCUGUUCUUUUAUUGUUGUAUUUAUUUUUACCAUUCAUACCUUUUUAAAAACACAAGAGGUGUGAAGACUAAAUCAUAUUUUGAACUAUGUAUGCUACUAUAAUUUCUACUGUGUAUAUAUUCAGCUAUGGAUUUUAGAUUUUUAGUUUUGCCUCAUUUCGUGGUCUUAUAUUUUUACAUUUAAGGAGACUUUAGACCAGGUUUGGUAGUUGCAUGAAACGUAUGCUUUCCAAGCAUAUGAAAAAUAUCAAAUAUGAAAAAACUAUUUUAACUAUGACAAGACACUACAUCCAUAAUCCUGUCAGCGUAUAUCAAAAAUAAUUCUCCCAUUGCCUACCCUAAAAGAUCCUCAUAUCAGUGAAAACUAAAGCAUUCACUGUCAUUUAAAGAUAUAAAUAUUUAAUGAGCUGGUUAGGAGUCAUAUCUGAGGUAUUACAUUUGAAACUUUCUGUAAUUCACCUUUUGUAUACAUAUCAAUAGGUGAUUUUUUUUAUUUUUUAUCUCUUUUUGGAAGAUUAAUAGCCAAAGAUUGUGAUGAUCAAGUUUAAUUGCCGUACUCUUUGACAGUGUUUGUAAUUACAAUCUAAACAAUAUCCAAACUAAAGUAAUCAGUUUGUCUCUGUAUUGUGGAUAGUAUAUAAAGGAUGCUAGUAGUUCGGUCUAGCAAUAAUAUGUAAUAUUCUUAGAGCCCAAUGGAUGAUGCCAAUAUAAAUACCUGUAUGUGCCGGAACAGCCAAAAUCACUUAAGGUGAACCCAUAAAACCAGCACAAACACACAAACAUAGAUUUACCCACGUCACAUAUAUGAUGUAUUGAGAGGCAGUGUUAGACGCCAGGCCUAAAUCAAAUCAGCAUCCAGAUACUUGAUUCAGCCUUCAGUUCUAAUAUCACAUUGAGUUUUAUCAGAAGAGGAGUUUGUUUAACAUCAGGUCAGUAUGUGAUUCAGUGGCACAAAUGUGUCAUAUAACGAAAGGUCAAUAUGUAAUGACCUAUUUGUGGCCCUGCCCUGACACCACAAGAAACCAAAAAGUCUCAUGAUUUCAGUCCAAAAAUGGCCAGGCUCACAUCAAAUGACCAUGUGACAUCAGGUCAACUGGGCUUAGAUGUUUGUCAGACACUGUUGUAAUCUGCCUCGGGAUAGUCACCAGAUUUGGAAACUGUACAAACGUGUGGCUUUGAACCGAUGCAAAGUGUUGCUGUUUCUUUUUCUUUUUUUUUCUUUUUUUUUUGUGUAUUUUGUUUUUAUUUUUCAUCAAGAACAAAUCUAUGCUUAUAUGGCCAUUUGCCUUGUUGUGCUUUACUGUUUGUUGGAUACAGUAACUUCAGUACUGUGGUGUUUACAUUGUAAUCAUAUUGUAGAAUAACUCAUUGCAGUUGCCUAAAAAUGCCAAUCAACUAACUAUUAAUCACAAAUUAAAUAUGAAAUAACCAGGCAUUGUGCAAAGGUGUUUCAUGUAAUUUUGUGUUUAGCAGUGUGAAUCACGAUGAUCCUGCUAUAUGUAGUACACAACUUUACAUGGUGGAUAUGAUAAAAAAUAAUAAUAAUAAAAGAAAUUAAUAGAUAUAAAUUUCAUUAAACUAUAUUUUUCUACAUAUAUAAGUUCUACCUGGGUGGUGACUUCUCACAUGGAGAGUAAUCUGGGCUCCUGAGCAGUGAUUACGUUGAAGUACCAGUAACUAUAUUAAGAAAAUUCAGUGCUGAAUACCACUGAACAAUUUCUUAAAGAUGGUUAUAUCGCAAAAGAGUCUAAAAAGUUCAGGCAGGGGACCGUAAUGUGGAUUGGUUCCAUAUAUCCAUUGUAUUUUUUCUUGCCCAGGGAUGUCUCUCCCUUGUGUGAGAGCGAGUGGUGGUGAGUUGUUAAAAUUCCACCAGUUUUUCAUGAUUAUUUUUUGAAAAGUAAGGCUGAAUAACUUUGUAAUUUUGUUUCCCUGAAAUGCAAUAUUGAGCUGCCAGAAUGAGGUCAAUCAAACCUCCACCAGCAGUGGCGAUAACACCGUUUAGAGUCAGACAGGGACACCGCAAGAUUCAGUAAAACUUUUUACUAACCUGCAUCCGAUAUUUUGCAUCAACCUGGCGAUAUAAUCUGCCUUUCUGCUACUGGUUUGUGAAAUCUUCCACAUGCACAGUAAAAAAAACAUUCUUUGCGCUAAUACACGAACGCAGACGCUUGGCGCUCUUGUUUUGGUCUCGCGCUAACAAACCUCAAUAUUCAGAGAGCGGUUAAAUAGAAUUUUUAAAUGUAUCUGACGUUAAACUAAAUGUGUUGUUAAAACUUGUGUUAAUAAAUUGUCGCUGCGUCAUGACAGUAGUUGAUCCACAAGUAAUUUACGCUAUUUUGACGAUGUAGCGCCCCUUGCGGCAAUGCUGAGAGUUGCGUUGAAUUUAGGAAUCGCGUCUGCGUUCAGGUAUUUGCGUAACCGAACAGGAGGCUGCAGUAGUUUGGCCACAGAGUUAGUUUUGAGUUACAUAUUCAAAGAAUGGCAUGUGAACCACUACUAUACUAAAUCACAGUCAGAAACUUCAAAGCCAUUCUGUGUUUUUAGAUGGACAUGUUAUGAUUGGACAAAUACAAAGAGAUCGCUAUGUAAGACUUACAGAAACUAAAUCAUCCAUAUCCACAACCAGUGUGUUGAUAAAAGGUUUCUUAACUGUUCUUGGCAGCCUAGUGACAUUCUCCUAUAGUGUACUAAUAUAAUUUAUUAAGUUUCCUUGUUAUUAUCUGCACUUGAAAAUAGAAUGUAGCCCAAUCCUCUGUUGGCCUGCUGAUUGCCUGCUGUGUGUCGUCUCUAUUGCCAUGAUGUGAAUGCUAUGCCGUUACUGUCUGGUACCAUCUUAAGACAGGGCUUUAGUUUUAACAAAACCCCCAUAUCUGCAUAUGUACUGUAUUGCUGUUUCCUUUCUUUUUGGAACUUUUUUUGUGAAAGUUGUCUGCAUUUUAACUAAUUAAAUUAUGGGAAUUAAAAUUACAAAGAAUAACAA